CAGCCCUCGGUUGCUAGGGAGGCCAUAUUGGACCGAGGUGAAGUGGGAGCAAAAUCAAGCGCGAAAGUAAAAGAGCCGGAGAAGCUUUUUAUUGUUUGUCAUCCACAAUCUAACACCAUCCUCCCUUAAAAUGGCAGAUGAGAGAGAAGCAGGAGACCAUGAUACUACUACAGAGAAUGUGAAUGAAGAUUCCAACCACGAUCCUCACUUUGAGCCAAUAGUCUCUCUUCCUGAGCAAGAGGUAAAAACAUUGGAAGAAGAUGAAGAGGAACUCUUUAAGAUGCGUGCAAAACUCUUUAGAUAUGCCUCUGAGAAUGACCCUCCUGAGUGGAAAGAACGAGGAACUGGCGAUGUGAAGUUGUUGAAGCACAAGGAAAAGGGAACAAUUCGCCUUCUGAUGAGGAGAGAUAAAACUCUCAAAAUCUGUGCAAACCAUUAUCUUACACCUUCCAUGGAGCUAAGGCCUAAUGUUGGUAGUGACCGGGCAUGGGUGUGGAAUGCACCCGCUGACUUUGCAGAUGAAGAACCCAAACCUGAGCUUCUGGCUAUCCGAUUCUUGAAUAAAGAAAAUGCACAGAAGUUUAAGGCAAAGUUUGAAGAAUGCAAAGAGAAGAUGAAACUAAAAGGUAACAAUGAAAGUGCAGAUAAGGUUGCUGAAAAGCUAGAGGAAUUGUCUGUAAAGGAGGAUAACAAAGAAUCCACCAAAGAGGAAGAAUGUGAGAAGAAGGAAGGGACCAGUGAAAAAACUGAAGAGAAUUAAUUAAUCCUGGUCCUUGUUUCCCUUUCCUUUUUUUACAGCAGACUGUAAUGAACUGGGUUUGGACACAGAUGAGCCCUUUUCCAGGCUCUUGCCCUGUGCUCCCAAAUUGGUUAUGAAGAUACAGUACCUUCACAGAAUGUCAUUCCUCAGUCAUCAGCCACCAUAAAUGUGCUAAUGUAUUCCUUGGUGAAAAUUCUAGGAGUGUUAACUACUGCCUUAUCUAUUUACAGUCUUCUGAGAGAAUAAUUUAAAUCUAUUGCUUUAAUUCCUGAAAAAUUGGUGAUUAUAACAUGCUUUACAGUGUAUGACUGACUUUUUAAAAUUUUGUUUUGCGAAUGGGACUUAUUGUCAGAAUUCCCACAUUGGGUAGUAGAUGGUUUAUAACCAAAUAAAAUUCAGUUAAGUUGUACAUGAAAAAAGAACUCUUAGGUUUUUUUAUUAUUAUUUUUGCCCUGCAAUGGUUCUGGGCCAAGUAUGACACCAAUGCUGGAAGAUUACAUUUAAGAUUUUUUUAAAUUUUUACUGUAGUUUUUUUCCCCCACCUAAAUUGGUAACUGACAGAAUACACAAUAGAAAGAUUAGUGGCAAGUUCAUUACAGAUUUAGUUGAGUUUUAUCCUGAGAACUCUUGGGUCAUAAAGAGGAGAAACGGAUAGAAAUUUCUGUUGUAAUUUAACCGUGCUUGGUUAGAGUAUCCCAAUGAGGAAACUGUCAAGUAGCAGGAGACUGCCGCCAUGCCAAUGCUCUUUAGUUGGAUCUGUUUUUGGCCCAGUGGCACCCCCAGAAAAAUUAUAAACCAGUACAGGUCCAAAUACAUUGCUAUCAGAUCUCAAACUGACACCAAAUAUUGUCUGAUGGUACUAAUAUAAUGCACGAGUAAUGCAUGUGAAGACGGAGUGAUGCUGAUAGUUUCACAGUGGACUUAUUUGAUUUUUCCUGCUGGUGACAGCUAUGCUGUGGGUGUGCGGCAGAAUCUAUAAUGGUAGCCGUACAAUUGGUAUGCACAUUAGUUACACGGGCUUUACCUAUUAGAAAAGAUUGUUCAAUUUGAAAGAGAACUUGUUCUGAUAAGUUUGCGUAUGCUUGCCAUGGACCACAAACAUUUGUGUAUAAUCUUGUUUCUGUUGGAAUGAACAAACCAUCUUGAUCUACUGUUUUGUAAUGGGGAAACUUAUAAAUGAAACUGUUGAAAAUUGAUACUCUCGUUAGGAAAUUUGCAAUAAAGGUUUUUGCAAACAG